CUAGCAAGCCGAAAGGUUGUCUUUUUUGUUUGUUUUGAGCUCUUUCUUGUCGUUUCCGCAGGAAGUGGUACGUCAUGAGGGUGAUGUACUUCCUGGUUUAUGUUUGUGUCAGGCUGGUUGACGUUUUUCUCCCAGCUUCACGGAAAUAAAGUCCUCCUGUUUCUCAUCAAACUCUCAUCAUGAUGGACAUGUUAACAUUAAUGUCGGUGUGACUGAGAAUAACAGCUGGCGCAGUGUGAUAAUGGAGUCUCCUCAGGCGGAUGAUGAUAUCUGCAUCCUGAAGCACGAGACGGCGUUCGCGGCCGAGAGUCCGGUGGCCGUGUGCUCGGGGGACGAGUCGGUCGCUUCUCAUUUCGCUCUGGUCACUGCCUACGAGGACAUCAAGAAACGCCUGAGGGACACAGAGAAGGAGAACACACUGCUGCGCAAACGAGUUAAACAGCUGGAGGAUAAGGUGUUUAGACCUGAAGCUCCUCCCUCUGAAGGGCCGCAGUACAUGAAUAAAGCGUUCAGUGCGUAUCGGGGAAUCUACAUGGAGAAGAAAGACCUACAAGCUGAGCUCAAUAAAGUGAAGAAGGAGCGAGUUGAGGCUGAGAAGAUUUUGACUGAACAGCUGCAGGCAAAGGAGCUGGAACUGCUACAGCUCAAAUCAGAGAUGGAGACCAGUCAGGUGAUGAAGAGUCUGAGUGAGACACAGGAUUACUGGCACGUGAAUCGAGAGAGCAGUGAAGAGCAGAUACACACUCUACAGGAGGAGGUGCAGAGACUCAGACUGGAGAACAACCACUUACACACACUCUGUACCAUCCGACAGGAUGUUUCUGAGACUUUGGUGAAGAAUGAUGAGGUCCAGCAGGGGGCGCCACAAUACUUCAGGUCUGCAGUAAUGAGUGUGUAUGAGGAUGUGUGUGGUGAGGUGUCCCGUCUACACACACUGGUAAGAAAUCAGAGUGAACUGAUGAAGAAACUCAGAGACAGACCUGCACUCAAGAGAGCUGCCUCAGCUCUUCCUGUUCAGUGUCUGGAUGAUAUGGAGAAAAACCAUUCGCCGGUCCGAGCUCCGAUUCCCCGCCCCCCAAGUGCCCCACCGCUCCACGUGGCCCCACCCCCUGGUACCUCAUACGCAGAGAACUGGAAGGAGGCAUGGCCUCUAAACCGCCCCUCCCCUUUGGGAAGCCCGGCUGGCCCACCCAUUACACCUCAGCACGCUGCUUCUUCGUUGAAUGAUGACUCCUGGUCUAUCCCUGCCCACCCUACGCCUGGCCACACCCCAUACUGGGAGGAGCCAAAGUCCAGCAGCACCGAGUGGUCCAAGCCGUACUGACGGACAGGUGACUCGUCCAAUCACAUCCUGCCUUAAGACCGCCGCCCAGACUGAGAUACCUCACACUGCUCUCACCCGGGCCUGUACAGAACAUACACUUCCAGAGUGUGUGUGUGUGUGUGUGUGUGUGUGUGUGUGUGUCUGAGGAUCCUAUAAUUGUGAUUUUGGUGUGUUAAAGUCUGAAUUCUCUUUCCUGUGUUGUUUUUAUUCUCAUGACUGUGAAGAAAGGCUUUAGUUCUUUCGGCUCUGUUCUAAUCCUUGUUAAUGUGCCCUGGCCGACUUCCUCUUGGCCUUAUUAGGGCUGUUCCACAUUCAUUAUGUUUGUUAAAUGAGGACUGCGUGAACAUCAGUGUAGGGUUCAGGAUUAAAUCUCCCAGAAGGCUUUGCUGUUAACAUAAAUCAAUUUGUAAGUUAUUAAAUUGAUUAAAAAAAGUUAUUAAAAAAACUGUUUUGUUGCAGUUUCUGCUGAAAUAUUAUUUAAUAAAUGGAAAGCUAAAGCUAGUUAAAUUGGACCUAGAGUCAACUGGUAUGUUAGAUUAUCAUAGAGCUAUUAGCUUGCUAGCUAAUUUUCAUAAACAAGGAACAAAAACUAGUGUAGUGUUGUAGCUAAAAUUACAGCAGAAAAGAGCCGAGUCUGUGGUGGGGGGGGGCACUUAUUUAUGAACUCCACACAAAAUCUAAUGUGUGUGUGUGUGUGUGUGUGAUAUUGUGAGUCGAUCAGGGUGUGUAAACAGGAAUCGGAGCACAGGGUGUGUGUGUGUAUAAACAUAAAUGCAGGAUGUUCUGAAAUGUGUGUGUAAAUGUUGUGUUCACACUGACACACUCCUCGUACUGUAUGGGACAGUGGAAGAGUAUUAAUGUGAUAAAUGAAGGGUGUGUGUGUGUGUGUGUGUCGCUCCUAAUCGUUUUAUUUGAUUGGACGUGUUUUUGUUCCUCGGCGUUGGCGUCGUGCCGAAAUGCAAUGUACAGCUGAUGUGGGAUGUUUUUUAGCUCGGCUGUUUGUAAAUAUUAAAGUCAGAUGAAUGUAAGAGUUUGUGUUUCUUUACUGAACUGCAUCUGGUGACUGAGCACAUCUGGUCACUCUGAGACUUAAUAUUAGAGCUGUUUUUAAGUCUGAUUUGUUUAUACUGAAGAAUCGACUGAAAAUCCAAACCUAUUCAUUAAAAAUUCACCUGAAUUAUUUAUUCAUUUGUACCGUCACGCAUCAGGGGCCUUGAUUUUAAUCAUCAGUUUAGACU